AUGAUUACGAGACAAGGCCCUGCUGCUUGUGAGCGUCUUCACCGAUUCUUCCGUCCUCUUUCUCUUUCUCUAUCAGUCCUCUCAGCCUCUGCCUUAUCAGAGUUUCCUGCGGCUUUUUGGAGAGCUGAAGACGGGGCAGCCACGGCUCACAUCUGCAACCUGACGUUUUUGUGUCACUGAGGCGAAGAGACGUUUAGCCUUUCUCGGUGUGCCAUGUUGAGGCUGUUAUUUUUGGCCGCUCUCGCCGGGCUCAGCCGGGCCAGUGAUGUGCUGGAAUACACAGAUGAUGAUUUCGAAAGUAGUAUUGGACACCAUGAACUCGCUCUCGUCGAGUUCUUUGCUCCUUGGUGUGGUCAUUGUAAACGGCUUGCGCCCGAGUACGAGGCAGCAGCCACACGACUAAAAGGCACCGUUUCUCUUGUCAAGGUCGACUGCACAGCCAACAGCAACACAUGCAGCAAAUAUGGUGUCAGUGGCUAUCCAACCCUGAAGAUCUUCAGGGAUGGAGAAGAAUCUGGUCCCUAUGAUGGUCCCAGAACUGCAGAUGGGAUUGUCAGUUUUCUGAAGAAGCAGGCAGGCCCAGCUUCAGUGGAGCUCAAGACUACUGAAGACUUUGAAAAGUUCACAGCAGAUCAAGAUGCCAGUGUUAUUGGUUUCUUUGCUGAUGACAAGAGCACAGAGCAGGUGGAGUUCCUGAAGGCUGCCAGCGCCUUGAGGGAUGACUAUCGUUUUGCCCACACCAACUCUGAGGCUCUCCUCAGCAGCCGUGGUGGAGAUGGAGUUGUCCUGUUCCGUCCACCGCGUCUCGACAACAAGUUCGAAGACAACUCUGUCAAAUUCAGCGAGGACAAAUUCACCAGCAGCAAGAUCAAGAAAUUUAUCCAGGACAACAUCUUUGGAAUCUGUCCCCAUCUGACGGACGACAACAAAGACCAGCUGAAGGGGAAAGACCUGCUGGUGGCUUAUUAUGAUGUCGACUACGACAAAAACCCCAAGGGCUCCAACUACUGGAGAAACAGGGUGAUGAAGGUGGCUAAAGGCUUUCUGGAUCAGGGGAAGAAGCUGAACUUUGCUGUAGCCAAUAAGAACCAGUUCAGUCACGACCUGUCUGACUUCGGCCUGGACAGCAGCUCAGGAGAGCUGCCGGUCGUGGCCAUCCGCACUGCCAAAGGAGACAAAUACAUCAUGACAGAGGAGUUCUCCCGAGAUGGAAAAGCUCUGGAGCGUUUCCUGCAGGACUACUUCGAUGGGAAGAUAAAGCGCUAUCUUAAAUCAGAACCAGUCCCAGAAAACAAUGAUGGACCUGUUAAGGUUGUGGUGGCUGAAAACUUCGACUCCAUCGUCAACGAUGACGACAAAGACGUUCUGAUCGAGUUCUACGCCCCCUGGUGCGGUCACUGCAAGAACCUGGAGCCCAAAUACAAGGAGCUGGGAGAGAAGCUGGCCGAUGAUUCCAACAUUGUUAUUGCCAAAAUGGACGCCACAGCUAAUGAUGUGCCAUCACCAUAUGAAGUUAGUGGAUUCCCCACAAUCUACUUCUCCCCUGCUGGACGCAAAACGAGCCCAAAGAGAUAUGAGGGAGGUCGUGAGGUGAGCGACUUCAUUUCUUACCUGAAGAAAGAGGCCACCAACCCCUUAGUUGUGCCAAAUGAUGCCAAGAAAAAGAAAAAGAAGGAUGACAAGUCAGAGCUAUAAAGGCUCCAAAGAAAAACUCAACACCCCCCACAUCACAACAGGAGGAGGAGAAUCGGGGAACAGAAAGAACUAAAUUAUAUUCCACUGUCUUAGUGAACUACCAAAAGCUCUGAAGCCGAAGUGAAAAACACCCGGCCACUCCUUAGGUCCUCUACUGCUCUGGAAUCCUGUGGAAGGUGGAGAGGUGGUGGUCAGGGUCUGCCCGCCGUUUUACUACAAUGAGAAAUUUUUAGGGAAGAGGGACAUCUUUUUGAAGUAAUGAAAUUUCUAUUUCCUCUGGUCUGUCUGCUACACCUCAGGCUGAUGCACUUUGGUUUGAUACCAGUUUCCAGUCAUCUGUUCUUUUUUUUUUUUUUUUAUCACAGGGAUAACUUUUUUUUUUUCUUGUCGUAACUGGUCUUUGUUUUUGUACAUUUGGAAGGAUUGUGAAAUAAAAGGCCCACAAAACCUAAA